AUGUCCCCACCUUCAAUUGAGAAGGAGCCAGGGAAGCAGCAGCUGCAUGACAUCCCCCCCAGCCCCCAGAAGGCAGCACUCAUUCCCCCACCAGCCAAACAAAUGCAGAAUGUUCCCCUGACAUCAACCAUUGCCUUAAGGAGAGGCAGCUGCAACACGCUGCCCAGCCCUCAGAAGUUGGAAUGGAUUUAUGACAUGCCAGUGUCUCCAAAAAAGGCUGAUGGGAGAAACACAUCUCUAACCAGCUGUGUGGAAGAAUUAGGGUGCCUAGCUCCCCCCAGGCAUAUGUCCAGCUUCCACAGUCCUCCAAACAGCAGAGCAAAGCCCCACAUGCCUCACCUGCAGAGAAAUGUGCCCAUGCAGAAAAAGCUCAGCCUUCUAGAGAUUCCUUCGUAUAGCUUUCUGCCAGCCAGGGUCAUGCUUCCUUUGGAUGAAGAUGUCAGCUACAAGGUUCCUUCAAGCUUUCUGAUUCCCCAAGUGGAGCAGCCGAACACCAAGCUGAACAUUUAUGACAUCCCCAAAGCAAUGCCAAGUGCUCUGGCUUGGAAAGAGCUGGGGAAAGCUGAUGGGCCUUCAGAGAAUCUCAGGGACCAUAAUUCCUCAUGGUUCUCCAGACGAGCAGCAUCAGGGUCUCCUGAACCAGACAGCUCAUCUGUUUCCAGUUCUGACAGCAGAGCCAGCAUCUUGUCUUCAUGCUUCUCAACCUCCACUGACUCUUCAUCCAGCUCCUUCUCAGAGGAGUCAGCAAAAGGAACAGAAACACACACACACAAUAUAAACUUAUAA